CAGCGCAGAAUUUUGAAUAAUUCUGAUUCUUCUUGCCCUUUUCGAGAGUUAGCCCUUUCCAGACGACAAGUUUCAGGUAUACAAGGUCCAUUUGCUCGUCUCUCUCGGGGAGCCGUAUUUAGUGCUUUGAUCUUUCGAGGAAUCACAUUCAAUACCAACACCUUGCAUGAAACGGGACACCCUGGGCUCUUUGACACUUUUGAGGCAUGGUCCCAAUUCAAAUCCCAACAUGCACAUCGAGGAGAACGAUUCAUUUGUAAUCCACAUGCCUAUGGUCCAACCAAAGGGAGGGUUUUGGGAAACGACCAACAGUUUUGGACUUCCAGCCAGGUUUUAUACGAAAAGUUAAUGGGAUCCAAUAUAUCCUUCAUUGGCAUUUGGAAAUUUAUUACCUAUGGAAAGGACGAUAGGAAACGGAAACUCUUUCCUUCCUUUGGAGACCUCUCGGCAUACCUUCUAGCGGUUGAUUUUGUUUAUGCCGGUCACAUUCCAUGGCCUACGCUAGAAGAAGUUGCACGGGCAAUAGCAGAACUUAGUAAAGGUGCCCUGCAUGGACUUCAAAAAAUGGGCCUUCUUUCCGUGGACCGUUUUGGGAAAGAGGAUGUUGAGAAAACCUUCAAAGCAUUAUAUUCUUUUUUGGAUGAAGAUGAGAAGUUUGCGACCGUAAAAAAAGCAGUUGUAUUCGACUCAUUCAUGGUGGAGCAUGCAUUGUGCAAAGUAAGUAAA